GCAGGCUGGAGCUGGCGGUGCUGGGGCCCGGAGACAUCUGCUCAGAGGCCAGCGUGCUCGGAGAGGAACGUCAGCCGCACAGCUGCGUCGUAGCCUCCAGCACGGGCCUCGUCACGCUAUCCCUUUCCGCCUGGGACCUACGUAAACUCGUACAUCCUGCCGAUCUACAAACACUCCGGGAGCACUUUGCACAGCGCUACAACGAACGAUCCAACCGACUGGCGGUUGCAACUAACUUGGCAAACAUGUCAGCGGUUGAUCUGGGUCGGAUUCAAGGCGAAGAAGGGGGGUCCCAGCAGGCCCCGGCAGGUGGUGGUAUCGAAGGUACCGCUGCUUUUGGUGGUGGUUAUGAUGCCGGUGGCGCUUUAUCGGCAAGGAAGCGAAGCAGCGGCAGUGGUGCUGCUGCUGGAGGGGGCAGUAGCACGAGAAGCGGCAGCAGCGGCAGCGGCAUUAGCAGCAACGUAGGAC